UUCUAUCUUUUUUAAAAGCUAUUUCAAGAGCCGACAAAACUAAGAGUCACCAUAAAAAAAGCUCAUAUUCCCAUUCCCAGCGAUUAAUCGCCUUUAUAAAAACAGAGCGCCGUCGAAGAGAAAAUUCAGUUCGGAAUUCAACGUCGCCAUCAACAGUUAAGUGAAUUUUGUUCAGUAACCAAGUUAGUAACCAAAAUGAGUUCUGGUAAACAUUUGACCAAAGGUUCCCCCAAACCUGCCCUCCCUGACGAUGGAGUUCUCCGCCUGUACUCCAUGAGGUUCUGCCCCUACGCACAGCGAGCACAUCUCGUCCUGAAUGCCAAGAAUGUGCCCCAUCACAGCAUUUACAUCAAUCUCACCGAGAAACCAGAGUGGCUGGUGGACGUGAGCCCACUGCUUAAGGUUCCUGCCCUGCAGCUGGUGGCGGAGAAGGAUCAGCCCUCGCUCAUCGAGUCGCUGAUUAUUGCCGAGUAUCUGGACGAGAAGUACCCGGAGAAUCCGCUACUGCCCAAGGACCCAUUGAGGCGGGCCCAGGACAAGAUUCUGCUGGAGCGCUUCAGCGGCAUCACCAAUGCCUUCAUGAAGAUCCUGUUGCAGAGCACCGGUCUGGAGGAUUACUGGGCGGCGCUGGACAUCUUUGAGCAGGAGUUGACCAAGAGGGGUACCCCAUACUUUGGUGGCAACAAGCCCGGCUUCGUGGACUACAUGAUCUGGCCUUGGUUCGAACGCCUCUCUGUGAUCGAGUUGAAGUUGCAGGAGGAGUACAACUUUGACGAGGCUCGCUUCCCCAAGAUCAGCAAGUGGAUUGCUCUUCUGAAGGCGGACUCGGUGGUCAAGUCCUUUUAUGCCACUCCCGAGCAGCACAACGAGUUCUGGCGCACCCGCAAGGCCGGCAAUGCAAACUACGAUCUGCUGGCUUAGAUCACUGCUGUAAAUAAAAUAUAACAAGGAGAUUUAUUUAUGCUCUAAAUAACAAUAAUAAAUAAAAUAUUUACUUAUCCUUUACUUAUACAAGGGUACAUGGUAAUCUCCUUGGAUUAAUAUUAUUAUGAAGAAGUAUACACCAAUUUUCAAUUGGUAGUAAAAUCUAUAUAACUGUAGACUUAUCGAGAAAUCAGUUCAUUGUUAUAUACAAUGCUUUAAAUGCAAAAAACAGUUGUUUGCGCUUAUGGAGCAGUGUGCAGAUUCCAAAGAGGCUUCACUGUAUCCACAUGGCUUGGUAUGUGU